GCCUAUGCCCGCCCACCCCUCCCCGUCCGCUGCUCAGGCUGCUCUGGCUGUCAGUGAGCGGCUGACACCGAGCCGGGCACCCGCUGCAUCCUCCGUGUGCUGGGGCUGGCACAGCAUGACCGUCCGGGGCUAGGAGGCGCACUCACCGCGGGCUCUGUGGCUGGGCAGUAUCCAAUGAUGCCUGAAGACUGCACCCCCGGGAUAAGUCCUGAGGGUACGCCGCAUAAGGAUCCGCAGCAUUAUGUCAAUGCAGACGGGCAGCAGAUUUACUGCAGAUAUUGGAAACCCCCGUCUCCCCCCAGGGCCCUGGCGUUUGUGGUUCACGGUGCCGGAGAACACUGCAGCCGAUACGAUGACAUGGCACAGAAACUGACCAGCCUAAACUUCCUGGUGUUUUCCCACGACCACGUUGGCCAUGGGCAGAGCGAGGGGGAGAGGAUGACGGUGUCUGAUUUCCAGAUUUUUAUUCGGGACAGCCUUCAGCACGUGGACCUCAUGAGGAAGGAGCAUCCUGACUUGCCCUUGUUUAUCUGUGGACACUCCAUGGGUGGUGCCAUUAGCAUCUUGAUGGCCACUGAGAGACCGGCCUUGUUUUCCGGUCUUAUCUUGAUAUCGCCGCUGGUUUUACCAAAUCCAGAAUCAGCAUCAACAUUCAAGGUGUUUGCAGCCAAAAUACUGAACCACGUUCUCCCUAAUUUCUCGCUUGGCUGCAUUGACCCCAAUUAUGUGUCUCGCAAUAAGGAGGAGGUGCACUCGUAUGUCUCCGACCCUUUGGUGUACCAUGGAGGUAUGAAGGUGUCCUUUGCAAUGCAGCUGUUAAAUGCCACAAACAGGGUGGAAAAAGCUCUUCCUCACUUCAAUCUGCCUCUCUUACUCUUCCACGGCACCACAGACAAGCUGUGUGACUUCCGGGGUUCCCAGCUGAUGAUGGAGACUGUUCCCAGCGAGGAUAAAACGCUAAAGGUCUACGAGAACGCGUUUCAUGCUUUGCACAAAGAACUCCCAGAGGUGACAAGUUCUGUGUACGAGGAGAUCGAGAGCUGGAUCCUUCAAAGAUUAGAGGGUAAAGGGGCUCCUCCACCCAAUACAGAACAGAUUGCCAGUUCUUAGGAAGUCUACACCCACCGCCAAAACCAGAUUCCUCCUGAAUAAGCCUCUACUCAGUUCAGCCAAUUAACAGCUGAACCAUCACCGUGAUGUCAUUUACCAAGUGAGUCUGACAAAGAAGACUCCUUUUCGAAACGUCCUCCAGCUGACUGUCCCAACCAUAGGAACGCAUGGGAUACUUCAUUACUUUUAGUAAAAUAACAUUUAUCAGCAUUUACAGAAAGCACAAGAAACCCAUAAACACCACAUAAUGGAAUUUUAUCUUGCCCGAACAGCUGUAGAGGAAGCACAAGGAAUUAUGGGAGAGCUCAGUAUAAGAUUAUUGCCCACAAGGAUUGGGGCAUUAGUUCUCAGCAAUAAUUAAACAAAGUACAUCUAUCCGGAGCUGACUUUACUGGAAUAAUUCCUGUUUUGAAGGAUUCCAUCCAACCUCAGAUGCUUCAAAUUCCUAGAGAAUGCAAAACGCGUUGAUUCUCCAUGAAGCACAAAGCAAUAUGGUCCAUUAUAGGAAAAGUGCAAAAUGGUGUUUUAGGAGCAAAAAUCCUACGAAUUUGCUUAACAGAUUCUCUGUAAAUAUUCCCUUCCCCUGUUUUAAUAGAUUUUAUUACACAUUAUAUAAAAUAAUAUUUAAUAUGUUAAUAUGUUUACUGCCUAAAUAGUCCAGGGCAGAGGAACUGUAGUUUUUUUUUAGAUUAUUUUUUACAUUGUAGACUGGUGAACAUGUGGCCUUUUAGCCUGUUAUAUGUACGUUUUUCUCUACCCAAGAGGACCCAGAAAUGUUUAUUGGACAACGUACCUUUUUUGGAUAUUCCUGGCAGCGAUGAGGAGAAAAUUUUUGAUGGCAGAGCUGUUUAGUGUAUUAGAGCCGCAUAAUGGUAUCGGUGUUUGGGGGUGACAGGUGCCUGGAUAAUUUCUCCAAUUAAUACUAUGAAUUAUAUUCCUGCAUCAAUGAAGGUUGUGAAAGAAAUUGUAUCUCGUGUGGAAUGCUUUGCCCGGAAGGUGAUCUAAUGGGAGCUGUAAAUACAGGGGGCACAUGACCUCUGCCAGCGAGGCCCCGCCCCCAUGUUUAAUUAGUCUACUUCUGUUUGUGACACUAAAGCUGUGUACACACUAUGGGGUAUCCCAGCAGACGGUAUGACACGGUCACAAUAUUUAUCGCCAGCGCUGUACACACGGCAUGAUCUAAUCUACGAUGUCACAUUGUGAACACGCAGUCUGGCGAUGCGUUCAGUAUAUCGCUCCAAUCCGUAUCGAAGCGAUAUAUCGUAUAGUAUAUCUUAUAGUGUGUACCCAGCUUAAAAGAAACUGGUCCUGUUCAUAACAAUCCAAAUACUCCGGUUCCCACGCAAAGGGUGUAAUGGGGUUCUUAGGGUGUGGCCAGUCAAAGAAGCAACACGAAAUCUUCUCCUGAGCAUCCGGCUACUCAAAUUUUGUUAUGGGCCCUGGCAAUGUAUUGUUCAAUCCCAGCGCCCAUACCCCAGGUGAUUCAGCCCACGGCGUGAUUACCUGGAGGCUGGAUCUGUGCCAAAUGACCAAUUCACAGUUUGAUAAAUCUCCCCCUUCGUGUCCUAUGACAGUACAGUCUAAUAUAUUCUGUUUUGUUCAUUUUUUUAAACUAGGGAAUUAUUUGUAUGGGUUGCUGGGAGUUGAAAGUAAUUACUUGCAAUGGGAGCAGCCAUUGUAUGGACCAAUAAAGAUUACCGCCAAGAGAAGGAUGUUCCACACAAAUGAUGCAAUUCUAUAUAUAGGAAUAAUAGUGUUGUUAGAAGGGUCUGUAACGGACACAGGUGGUAGCACGCCUAGGAUAUGUCGGAUAAACAUUUUAUAACAUAACCUUUAUUAUGAACCUAUUAAAAUAAAUUAUAUUUACCAUCAGC